AUGGACUCACCCUGGACUCACUCUGGACUCACCAUGAACUCACUCUGGACUCACCAUGAACUCACUCUGGACUCACUCUGGACUCACUCUGGACUCACCAUGAACUCACUCUGGACUCACUCUGGACUCACCAUGAACUCACUCUGGACUCACUCUGGACUCACCAUGGACUCACCCUGGACUCACUCUGGACUCACUCUGGACUCACUCUGGACUCACUCUGGACACACCAUGGACUCACUCUGGACUCACUCUGGACUCACCAUGGACUCACUCUGGACUCACCAUGGACUCACUCUGGACUCACUCUGGACUCACCAUGGACUCACUCUGGACUCACUCUGGACUCUGGACACACCAUGGACUCACUCUGGACUCACCAUGGACUCACUCUGGACUCACUCUGGACUCACUCUGGACUCACCCUGGACUCACCCUGAACUCACCCUGGACUCACCCUGGACUCAGUCUGGACUCACUCUGGACUCACUCUGGACUCACUCUGGACUCACCCUGGACUCACUCUGGACUCACCAUGGACUCACCCUGGACUCACUCUGGACUCACUCUGGACUCACCAUGGACUCACCCUGGACUCACUCUGGACUCACUCUGGACUCACCCUGGACUCACCCUGGACUCACCCUGAACUCACCCUGGACUCACCCUGGACUCACUCUGGACUCACUCUGGACUCACUCUGGACUCACUCUGGACUCACCCUGGACUCACUCUGGACUCACCAUGGACUCACCCUGGACUCACUCUGGACUCACUCUGGACUCACUCUGGACUCACCAUGGACUCACCCUGGACUCACCCUGGACUCACUCUGGACUCACUCUGGACUCACUCUGGACACACCAUGGACUCACCCUGGACUCACCCUGGACUCACUCUGGACACACCAUGGACUCACUCUGGACUCACCCUGGACUCACUCUGGACUCACCAUGGACUCACUCUGGACUCACCAUGGACUCACUCUGGGACUCACUCUGGACUCACCCUGGACUCACUCUGGACUCACCAUGGACUCACUCUGGACUCACCCUGGACUCACUCUGGACACACCAUGGACUCACUCUGGACUCACCAUGGACUCACCCUGGACUCACCCUGGACUCACUCUGGACUCACCCUGGACUCACUCUGGACUCACCCUGA